UUUAGGCUAAAAGAAACUAUCUGAAAUAGUGCUUAGGCUAAAACAAACAAUCUUAGAUAGUGCUUCAGCUCAAAGAAACUAACUGAGAUUGUGUUUAGGCUAAAAGAAACUAUCUGAGAUUAUGUUAAGCCUAAAAUGAACUAUCUUAGGUAGUAUAGGUAAAGAAAAAAACUUGAUUUGGUGUUACACAAUUUUGAUGAAACAAUCUGAGAUUAUAUCGCUGACAAAGGGAAGCAUCCUACAAAAGUCUUUCGGCCAAAAAAUUAAGAGAACGAAAUUUCUUGAGACUUCAAAUAUGGCCUUUUGGGUAAGACUAAAUGAUCCAGUUAUCUCAUCGUUUGGCUAAACGUUAGAGACAAACUUUGUUGUGCACACCUAAUGUCAACUGCUCGUUGAAAGAUCGAAUAAUGAUGUAAAAAUAUGUAUUGUGAAAUUAUAAAAAUAAAUUAUUAUUUAUUCUUUAAUCAUGGCAGAUAACAUCACAGGCCAAUGGAUCUCCUUCUCCUUGGUAAAACUGGCAUCGGGAAAAGUGCGACUGGCGACUCAAUUUUAGGUCGGCAAUGUUUUGUUUCGAAGUCCAGUAUAUCACCGGUUACCAAGGGAGUGAGUUAUGAAUCUUUUGAGUACAACGGUCGAGUUAUUAAAGUGGUGGACGGCCCAGGUGUAAGGGAUACCAGUGGCAUUGAAGACCUUCCGAAAGUCAUAAAACUCGUCAUGGACUCAAUGCAAGAUGCAAUACUCCUGAACCCAAAAGGCUAACACGCAUUCCUGCUAGUGGCCCCUAUGGGGUAAGAUUUACUGCAGAGGAUAAAGAGGUGAUUGUGAUAUUAAAAGCUGUUUUUGGACAUGAUUUUGUAAAAAAAACUUUUGUAUAUGGAUUGUAACGGGCGGGGAAAAUUUCGAUACAGAAGAAAGACAACAGAAAUUAAAAGAACGAAAGGAAAUGAUUGAAAAAUUGGGACAAAUGCAAGUGUCUGCAAAUCAAAGUAUUCGGCGAGGAGAAACAGAAAUAGUGAGAGUGAUGGAGAGGAAAAAAAACAAAAGAGGCCCUGUUUUUACAGUCUCUAGAGAAGGAACAAACAGAGAAAGAAAGAGAACAGUUGAGAAUAAAAAAGGAGAGAGAAAGAGAAAUUCAGGAGGCAUCUUUGGCGGCUCUGACUUGCGGUGAAGAUGACGUACGCAAUGCCUCGUUAAUUGAUUUGAAUAAGAAAUUACAAAACACAUACGGAGUCACGCUAUCAGACUCCACGGAGGAAAGCGUCUCAGAUGAAGCUCGAAUACAAACGCCUGGAAGGCAUAUGGGGAAAUGAAACAGAAAUAUGAUAAUCUGAUGAGAGAGCAACUUCCAGCAAAAGUGCGUAAGGACAAAAAUUGUCCCAUUUUAUAGAAAAGCGAUAGAUUUUAUGGGGUCAUUUAUAAAUGAUGAUACAAUAUUUAGCCGACUGUUUGUCCCCCUCCCCUCCACCCAACUAAAUCUUCAUAAUUAUUAACACAAAAGUUAUACACCC